GGGAGCUCGGCAGAGAGGGGAGCGCCGAGGGUCUUCUCGCCUGUAACCCGUAAGCCCUGUAUCCCCCUCCCUCCACCGCCUUUAUGACCCCCUGGCCCCGGGAGCAGCAGAGAGGGAAUGGCUCGCCGGACUCGCGGCACCGAGGAUCAAGAUGAGUUGCACUGUCAGGACACAGAUUCAGAUGUGCAGGAACAGAGGGAAAAUAAAUGCAAGGUCAAGUGGACUCACCAAGAGGAUGAGCAGCUGAAGGCACUCGUGAGGCAGUAUGGGCAGCAGGACUGGAAGUUUCUUGCAAGCCACUUUCCUAAUCGGAGCGAUCAGCAGUGCCAGUAUCGGUGGUUGAGGGUUUUGAAUCCAGACCUUGUCAAGGGCCCUUGGACAAAAGAAGAAGAUCAGAAGGUCAUUGAACUGGUGAAGAAAUACGGCACCAAGCAAUGGACGUUGAUCGCCAAGCACCUGAAAGGGCGUCUGGGGAAGCAGUGCAGAGAGCGCUGGCACAAUCACCUGAACCCAGAGGUGAAGAAGUCAUGCUGGACGGAGGAAGAGGACCGCAUCAUCUGUGAAGCCCAUAAGGUGCUGGGCAACCGCUGGGCCGAGAUCGCCAAACUCCUCCCUGGAAGGACUGACAAUGCGGUGAAGAACCACUGGAACUCCACCAUCAAACGGAAAGUGGACACUGGGGGCUUCCUGAGUGAGACAAAGGACCCUAAGUCUGUGUACUUGGUGGUGGAACUGGAGGAUAGGGAGGGUCAGAGUGUCCACUCAACAGAGAGCCAGAAGAACCUUACUACUGAUUGGUCCACUGGGGUCAUGGAAGUGGAAGAAGAAGUCAGCGAGGAGGAGGUAGCGGCUACAUCAGGGGUUAAGGUCUCAACCACCUCCACGGAGCAGCAGGAGGGGUCUCAUGAAGAGCCAGCCAAAGACCUGAUCCCUGACCCCAUGGAGGAGACUCCCAAGGAACUGAAGUCUGAGGAUUCCCCAGCUGAAGUUGGCUCCCCAUACAAGUGGGUGGUGGAGGCUGCUAACUUCUUGUGUCCAGCUACGAUGCCAAACUUGACAGAUGCCCUAGAUCUGAUAGAAUCGGAUCCUGAUGGAUGGUGUGACCUGAGUAACUUUGACCUGCCCGAGGAGUUAUCCAACGGUGGUGCUAACAGCAGCAGUAGUAGCAGCAACAGUCCAGUUAAGCAGACAUUCAGCAAGCCUACAUCGUCUGCCCACAGCAUGACAGAGUACCGUCUAGAUGGACACGUCAUCUCAGACCUGAGCAAAGGCAGCCGAGGGGAGCUGAUCCCCAUCUCACCAAACACCGAAGUCAGCUUUAGUACCCCGCCCUCCAUCCUCAAGCGACAGAAGAAGAGGAGGGUCACUCUUUCUCCUGUCACGGAGAGCAGCCCCAAUGCCAGCUACUCCUUUGUGGAUUCCUGUAACAGCCUCACGCCUAAAAGUACACCGGUGAAAACCCUUCCCUUCUCCCCAUCCCAGUUUUUAAACUUCUGGACCAAACAGGACACUUUGGAGCUAGAGAGCCCUUCACUGACAUCCACACCCGUGUGUAGCCAGAAGGUCAUCGUCACCACCCCAUUGCACCGGGACAAGACCCCACUGCACCAGAAAAGCAACGCCUUUGUCACCCCGGAUCAGAAGUACUCGAUGGACAACACCCCCCACACCCCCACCCCUUUCAAGAAUGCCCUGGAGAAGUAUGGACCACUAAAACCUCUGCCCCAGACCCCACACCUGGAGGAAGACUUGAAGGAGGUUCUUCGGACCGAGGCUGGCAUUGAACUGAUCAUAGAAGAUGAUAUGAAACUUGAGAAGCAAAAGAGGAAACAAGGACUACAUCGGAGUCCAAUUAAGAAAGUCCGAAAAUCUCUUGCCCUGGACAUAGUGGAUGAAGAUCUGAAGCUUGUGGUGUCCUCUCUGCCAAAGACUGUGUGUAUUAAAAGAAACCAGCCAACAAGCUUCUUGUCCAGCUCCCUCAAUCUGACCUCCUCGAGCAGCAAAGAUGACAGUAGUUUGCUCAACAGAGGGUUUCUACAGGCAAAGCCAGAGAAGGCUUCAUUCCCGAAGACACUGAGCCAUUUCCAGGGCCCUGCCCCGAUGUCCAAUGCAUGGAAAGUCGUGGCUUGUGGUGGAACCAGAGACCAGCUUUUUAUGCAAGAAAAGGCCCGGCAGAUCUUGGGUGCCCUAAAGCAGAGCCACACUUCUCGGACACUAAUUUUGUCAUGAAAAAUAUGGAAUUUUGACAUUGUAGUUUUUUUUUUUCUUUUCUUAGGGGCAUAAAGAUGUGUUCCCUGGCUCAGGUGGCUCCUGAACAGGGUAUGAGUUUGAAAAUUUAUUUUUUCAAAAUAACUUAUUAAAAAAAAAGUUUCAAGGGGCUUCUUUGGGUUUUGUGGUACAAGAGAGAAGUCUGCUCCUUCGUGGAUUCAUGUGGUGCCUGCAUAGAGAGAAGUGUGACUUGGGAUCUGUCCUGGAGGAAAAUGAACACUGGACUCUUGACUUGCUCUGCAGAAUCUCUGCCCUUGGUCUGGAUUUUCCCUUUCCCUUCCAUGGAAAUUACCAAGUGCUUUCAAGAAUCCUAGAGACUCUGGGCCUGCCUUUUUUGUUAAUACCAAGAAAGUUGGGUUUUUCCCUAGUUGUGUGUUUUCAGCACAAUCUCACCCUCCUGUUGAGGACCCUGAAAAGGAGGAUCUUUGGGGAUUUCCUGCUUAACUUGGAUGCCUGUUGAGCUGAGACAAGGAGGUAUCCAAGAGGCUGGAGAGAGUGGCAUUCAUUAUCUCUCAGCUGGUCCUUUUCCCUUCUUUUCCUUUUGUUGCAUUUAAUAUUAUUAUUAAUUAUUAAUUUUUAAAAAAUAAAAGCUCCCUGAAGCUUAGUCUUCGCUGGCUUCUAAAGGCUUCUCUCUUCUCAGUCUCCCCAUCUUCCUUUGUCUCCCUCUCUACUCUAUUUCUCCCCCUCCCCUCUCUCUUUCUCUCCCUAUUUUUUUUACCCCUCCCUCUCUCCUUCUUUUUCUGGCUGCCUGUUUCCCUCUCCUUGGCUUCACUAUUUCUGUGAUGGUGUAACCUUUUCGUAACCUUUUCGACUUCUCUAUUUAUUUUCUCUGUGCUUUCUCGUAUCCUUCCCACCGCGCCUUCUGACAACUGGUUCAGUCCCUCAUCCCUCUUCAUGACAAGUGUAGAUGCUUCCUAAUUGGUCUUACUCCCUUCCCCUCCUGUGCAUCCUGUCCAUGAGGCCAAAGGAAUCUUCCUAUCUCUAGUAGUGAGCACGUCGUGGUUUCCUGUGGGUUCAAGUCUAUGCCUCUUAAUUUGGCAUUCAAGUCCUCUACAAUUCUACACCAACUCUACCUCCUGCUGCAUUCUUACAUUUUCUUCAAAAAAAUUUUUUUAUCAGUGGCUUUUGUUUUUGCAUCACCUACAUUUUCCUCUGUGUCCUUCCCUGACCUGCCUCUCCCAGGGCCAUCCCGUAGAACAAAGAAAAAUUUUCAAAAGAACAAAAAUCAACAAAUCAAUACAUUGAAAAAAAAGAAUCUGAAAAUACAUGUAGUGCUCCAUACCCAUAGACCUCUCACCUCUGGAAGGGAGUUGGGGGAGACAUCUUCUCAUAUCUUUCUUUCCUUAGGGGCUGAGUUUGUUCUUUGUAAUUUCAAACCAUUCACUUCUGGUUUGUGGUUGUUCUUCUUUCCCAUUUUCAUAGUCAUUAUGUUUUGUUUUCUCAGCCCUGCUUUCUUGUAUUUCAUUUGGUUCAUUCAAACUUUACCUACAAAGUGCUAUGUUAAAAGGUGGAAUAUAUAUACAUAGUGGGAAAAGUACUGACUUUGGCAUCCAAGGACCUGAAUUCAAACCCUGGCCCUGCUGCUUAUGUGACCUUGGGUAGGUCAUAUCACUUCUCUGGGCCUCAGUUUCCUCAUCUGUAAAAUGAGGGAAUUGGACUAGAUGGUCCCAUCCAACUCUUCAUUCUGUGGUCCUUUGAGCAGUCAUCUAGAUUAGAACUGUGUGCUGUGAGAUCACUGCUGGGUGAGAGCAUCAGGGAAGGUUUUCUGAUCAGGCUGGUCUACUCCAUAUAUCCUAAUGAGACUUGGUUCACUCCUUUCUAUAGGGGAGAAGAAACGUGGUGGGGAGGAAAGGAUCCUGGGUUUAGAGUCAGUCACAGGUUUGAGGCCUUUCCCAAUUGCCUCUGUUGUUUAGUGCGUCCCAUUCCCCCUCCCCAAAUUACUUGGUAUUUAUUUUAUUUUGUAUAUAUUUUGCUUAUCUGUGCACAUGUUGUUUCCUACUAUGAGAUUGUAAGCGCCUUGAGGGCAAAGAGUUGUCUUUUGUUUGUUUUUCUGUUACCCUAGCUGGGUGGCUGGCACAUAAUGGUGUUUAAUAAGUCCUGGCUCUUAACAUUUGCUGGCCAUGUGACACUGGGCAUGCCAGGUCACUUUUGGACCUCAGUAAUGAAAUGGGAGGAUAUUGGCAUUACCUACUCAGGGUUGUUGUUGAGGAAUCCCUUUGUAAACUUUGAAGUGCUUUUAGAAAUGAAAUUGUUGUUAUCCACCCAUUUGUCUUACCCGUUUGUCAAUCAUAAUAGUUAGCAUUUACAAAGCUCCUUAAGGUUUUGCAAAGUGCCUUCUAUGUGUUAUCUCAUUUUUGGCCUUCACUACUGCCCUGUGAGAUAGGUACUAUUAUUAUCCCCCUUUUACAGGUGGGGAAACUGAGGCAGACAGGUUAAGUGCCUUGCCCAGGGUCACACAGCUAGUAAAUCUCUUAGGUAGAAUUUGAAUUCAGUAUCUUCCCUACUCCAGCUCCCAUGUUAUAGGCAUUAGCUUUUUAUCAAGACCUAACUCGAGUACCUUUUAUGAAAACUUUUCAUAUCCCAACUGGCUCAGGGGAAUCUUGUUUUUUUCCUUGAAACUCCCCCAGCCCUUGCUGUCUGUGAAUUUUUGUUUCUUAUCUGCUGCUUUCUACGCAGUGAUGUGGUAUAGUGUAUCAGAGCAUUGGAUCUGGAGUUCAGGAGACACAAGGUUUGCAUACCACCUUAGAGAGCUGCUCACUGUGUUAUUGUGGACAAACCACAUAACCUCUCAAAGGCUACAUGAGAAUCACACCACUUGAACUACCUACCUCGCAGGGUUAUGAGAAAAUCACUUUGCAAACCUCAGAAGUGCGAUUAUGAAUAGCAUGAAUAGCAAUGUUAUGACUUGUUAUGUACAUAGCCUUUCUUCUCACCUGGAAGGAGUUUUCUGAGGGCUGAGCAUGUGUGCAUCAACUCUCUCCUGCCAUCGGCCCCUGUCCUCCAUCUCCUUUCCCAUCAGGUGAGUGGUAUCACUCACGCUUAAGUGUACUCCUAGAGAAGAGGUGGCUGGUGCUUCUGGCUGGGGAUCUGAAGGAGGUUUCAUGAAGGAGUGGGGAGGGGGGUGACACGGAGAUGGUGUGUUCUCUAGAUUUCCUUGGUGGCAGUCAAAACCUGGAGAAUAUUGGUUGCCUUUGUCUUACAGAUAUUGCUCUCCGCACCCUCCCCCCAGUUAUCUUUAAGGCAUGAAUUGUUUAUGUUGGAUCUUUAAUAUCGCAUUGAGGGUUUUUAAUAAAGACCAGUUUCAUCUGGGCCGCUGUUGUGGUUUUAUUGACCCAUUACACCUUGUCUCCCCCCAUAAAGCAGAGACCUCUUAGGACCGGCUCCUUUCUCAAGCAGGCGGGGCAAUACAUAUACA